CGUACAUAUAAUAUCAGGUCUUGCAAUGAACUGAGAAACAUCUGUGCUUCAAAUCGUCGCUGCCACCAACAUGGACUCACUGAAAUUUCUCCUUUUCGUUGCAGUCGCCUCCUUCACAGUAAAAGUUUCUUUUCAAGGGCCAAACCAACGCAGACUGUACAAUGACCUGAUGAAAGACUACAACAAACUGGACAGACCAGUCUCCGACGACUCUCAGACUCUCACAGUUCAAUUGGGUUUGAACCUUGUGCAGAUCAUAGAUGUGGAUGAGAAGAAACAAACGUUAACAACCAACCUUUGGGUGCAUAUGAUCUGGGAUGAUCAGUACCUCAAGUGGAAUGAAUCCGAUUAUCCAGGUGUGGCCGACUUGAGAUUUCCUGACCAUCUCAUCUGGAAGCCAGACAUUCUGCUCUAUAACAGUGCAGAUCCAAGUUUUGAUGCUACUUUCAAAACCAACAUUUUGGUGAAGCCCUCGGGUUCCUGUACCUACGUGCCUCCAGGGAUCUUUAAGAGCACCUGCCACAUCGAUGUGCGCUGGUUCCCUUUUGAUACACAGAGAUGUGAACUGAAGUUUGGCUCUUGGACGCACAAUGGGUUUUCUGUGGACUUGAAGAUGUUGGAGGCGGAUUUAUCUGACUAUACGGAGAACGGAGAGUGGGAUCUUGUCGAGGUGCCAGGAAAAAAGAACGAUCGCAGCUAUGCAUGCUGUCCGGAACCGUACCCCGACGUCACCUACACCGUGGUGAUGCGGAGACGGACCCUCUACUACGCCCACAAUCUGCUCAUCCCCUGUGUCCUGAUCUCCAUUCUGGCCCUGUUCGUCUUCCUGCUACCAGCUGACUCUGGGGAGAAGAUCUCACUGGGAAUUACUGUCCUGCUCUCCCUGGUGGUCUUCAUGCUGAUAGUUGCAGACACUAUGCCUGCCACAUCAGACUCAGUGCCUUUAAUAGCUCAGUACUUUGCCGCCACUAUGAUCAUUGUUGGUCUCUCAGUAAUUGCUACAGUUUUCGUCUUACAAUUUCACCACCAUGACCCUAAUGGAAGCAAAAUGCCAAAGUGGAUCCGAGUCUUCCUCCUGAACUGGUGUGCCUGGUUCCUGCGUAUGAAGCGCCCUGGUCCGGCCUGCCAGAGCGGGGAAGGCAAUGCUAGCGCCCCUGCUUACGGUGCCAGCGUUGGCCUAGAGAACAUUCACUACUCCACAGCUGCCACCUCACCUGACUCUGGGGCACUUCUCCCCAAAGGUCAGAGUUCCUCAGUGGAACCAGAGCUGGCCAGGAUCCUAGACGAAGUGCGCUAUAUCACCAAACGCUUCCGUGACCAAGAUGAGAAUGAGUCUGUGUGCAGUGAGUGGAAAUUUGCUGCAGCUGUUAUUGACCGGCUCUGUCUUGUGGCUUUCUCGCUCUUCACUUUCCUCUGUACCAUCGGGAUUCUUAUGUCAGCUCCAAACUUUGUUGAGGCUAUUUCCAAAGACUUAGUCUCUUAAGGGCUUGAUCAGAAACA